CCAAAUCCAGGCGCUGUAACCAUCUUGCUCGUCGUCGUCGCCGACGACGAGGACAUAAAUAACGGCUGUGUGCCAGUCGGGCCCGCCUAACUGUAAGUAACGACGCAGCUCUCUGUGUUUGAACAGCUAUCUUACGGCUUCCUCUUGCGUGUACUCCCGUUUCCAACCCAGCAGUCCUUAUAGAAUCUCCUGCGAGGUUCCAACAGCGAUUGCCACCGCACUCACUAUGGACUCUUUCCAAUCCAACUUACAAGUACCAGAAAUCUCUGCGGGUCCUUCACGAUCGCAGACUCACAACAGGCCAGUGUCUGUACAGCCUACGACCAAUUCAACUUCACCCUCUGCCUCUUCACGGAAACGAGCCUCUCAUUCCGUCGUGACGGGGCAGCAAGAGCAAGAGCCACAGCCUACAUACCGUGACGUGUACUCGCAUCCCGCAGCACUCGAAUAUGCAGCAGCGCACCCAAGGAGAACGAUCCCUAAGUUUGGUCCAUAUCUGCUUUUGCAGACCCUCGGAGAGGGUGAGUUCGGCAAGGUGAAACUCGGACUCCAUAUGCAGUGGGGGGAAGAGGUAGCGGUUAAAUUAAUAAGACGAGGCAACAUCGACACGUCAGUGCGAAUGUCAAAGGUCGAGCGCGAGAUCGAAGUGCUGCGGAUGUUGAAACAUCCCAAUAUUGUCCGACUGUACGACGUUAUUGAGACGGACAAGUACAUCGGUAUCAUUCUGGAGUAUGCGUCUGGUGGGGAGCUGUUCGACCACAUAUUGGCGCACCGCUACCUGCGGGAGAAAGAUGCAUGCAAGCUCUUCUCACAGCUGCUGUCGGGAGUGUGGUACAUCCAUCAAAAGAAGAUCGUUCAUCGGGACCUGAAGCUCGAAAAUCUGCUGCUUGACCGGAACCGCAAUGUCAUCAUCACUGAUUUUGGUUUCGCGAACCGAUUUGAACAUCGUGCAGACGAUCUCAUGCAGACGAGCUGCGGCUCGCCGUGCUACGCUGCUCCAGAGCUCGUUAUCUCAGACGGCCUUUACGUCGGCUCCGCAGUCGACAUCUGGUCGUGCGGUGUCAUCCUGUAUGCGAUGUUGGCGGGUUAUCUUCCGUUUGAUGAUGACCCCGCCAAUCCAGAUGGUGACAACAUAAAUCUUCUUUACAAGUACAUUGUCAACACUCCUCUUUCCUUCCCCGAGUACAUCUCUGCUGACGCUCGCGAACUGCUUUCGCUGAUGUUGGUUCCCGACCCACAAACCCGCGCCGAUCUACCAACUAUCAUGGCUCACCGCUGGCUAGCACCAUAUGCUCAUAUAUUUACCAAGAGCGUGGAAGAUGUGGAACGUACUGCUAUGGAGCAGCACCACCAGAAACGUCUCGCGUACCAGAGGCAGAUGAGGCAAAAUGCCGACCAGUCCGUCAGCAGGGUCUCGCGAAGGACCGAAACUUACUCCAGCGGUGUCUCUCCCGUCUCCCCCAGGAGUCAUCGUCAUGCUCAACCUGAAUACCUCUAUGAGACGUCGGCUGAGCACUCUGCAUAUUCAGCCACUAAUUCCUCGCGCAGAGGCGUCGCGUCAGCUAUUGUGAUGCCAACAGCGCCUCCCGUUACAUUGGACGAUGAUCCCUUUGCGCCUACGCCUACUCAAGAGGUCGCAGUGCCUAUGGUUUCGUCGCCUCCCAAUGAUCUUGGUAUGGUCACUGAGGUGUCUCGCGACGGGAAGUCCGAGAGGAAUGGCAUUAAACCUGCCAUCCAGCCUGUCAAGACUUCUCCGGACCAUAAACGGCAGAAGGAUGGCUUCCGGCACACUAUCCAGGUUGAGGUGCCAGAAGCCGAUAGUCAACCACAGUCAUCAGGUGCUACUCCCACUCAGAAUGGUACUCCAAAGAGAACUCCUUCAACUCGCACGCCGGAGCGCAAUGGUGUUACGCCUACUCCGGAACGCAAAAGCUCAAUCUCUGCCAAGCCGCUGCCCUCUACACCAUCUGUCGGUCGCAAACGUUCCCAUGAAGAUGUCUCUACCACGAAAUUGCUCGCGUAUUCCCCACCGGCACCGGAGGCUCCAGCACCAGUCGUUUCAAUCGAAGUCACAAGCCCGCCUGCCACCCCUGCUGCAGUGGACGACAAGCCUUCCGGUCACGAACAAACGGCAUCUGGUUCAAUCGGUUCCGGAUCCUCCAGAAGGAGCACUCGUCAUCGCAAGGGCUUGUCAAUCGACAAGAUCAACAUCACGAAGAUCUUUAGUAACGGAAACAACGAAUCGCAGACGAAUGGAAAAGUUGACCGUGCACCUUCUCAGCGAUCGAACUCUGGUCGGAACCAAUCCAACGACACUAUCACUACUGCCACCGCCAAAGAUGGCACAAUUGGCAGACGUCCGACUACUUUGCAAGUCCCUCCAUCGUCUGCUGGCGCUGCUAUUGCUGUCUCCAACAUGGAAACUCCUGCCAAGUCAGGCGCUCUCGCACCUCCUGAGAGCAGCAAGAAGAGCAGGCGGAACACUUUGACAGUCAUGGUCGAGCCCUUCAGGAAGCAAUUGACCCGUGGCAGCAAGACCGUGGAGACUCCUGUUAAAGAGCAUCCUCAUCAUCUGGAGAAGGAGCAUACUGUGGAAGCGGACAGAGAGAAGGAAACCGCCGUUCAUACCAAGGAUAUGUUACCUCCCACUACACCUACCUUUGCCAAGACUCGACCGACUAUCGGGCGACGCAGCGCUGUACCUGCGUCUACGGCCAAGGCCAGCGGUGUGAUGAACUGGUUCAGGUCAAAGAGCAAGGGCAGACCUAUUGUCGACGAACCUGUCGAGAAACCUCUCCCGGUACCUCAACCCGAUUCCAGUCAGACUCAGCUCACGGGUGCUGCGUCAUCAUCCAGCAGUGUCAACAAUGCUGCAUCACUCAUUACGCCGACGUCAGAGAAUCGUCGGUCUCCUAUGUUCUCUGGUCAUCCUCAGCGAUCCGCAUCUGCGUCUGCACAUGCCGAGACGUCCUUCAGUCUUACGGACCGUGUACUCGGCAAGCGCGCACUUCCCAAGGGUGUUAUCGGUCGCCACCACGGUCCUGUCGAUCCUACUACGAUCACUAGUGGUUCACCACCUGAGGUCAUGAAGCAUGUUAUAGCCGUAUUGGAGAGCAUGGGCAUGGAAGUAUCCAUUGAAACUGACUUCAAGUAUCGGUGCGUCAGGCCGAAACGGAAGAGAACUGCUACUGGUCUUGGGUUGAAGGAAGGCGGAAGUAGUCUGGCUGCCUUCAGCUUGAUGGGAUCUGCAGCAUCCAAUGGGGUGAGUAUGUCUGCAACGGGUGACUUUCUCGUGCUAAGUGAUUCCGUUCUCCAGGUCGACAGGCGUGGUUUGCCCGCACCUUCCCAGUCGUUCGGUGGUGGAGGUAUGCUUAGAGGCCUUCUCAUGCGUCGACAAUCUUCCCAGGCUGGGCCUGCUACCUCACCUGCAAUUGAGAAUGAUCCUGAAGCCGUGCUCGCCGCUGCUGUCCCUGGAGAUGGCAAGGAGAUUCUUUAUGGCGACUCUCAACAAGACCAAGGAGAUGAAGUCCGGUUCUCUGUGGAGCUGACCCGGUUAGAUCGCUUGGAUGAUACCUACAGUCUUGAUAUCCGAAGGUUGAAGGGUAACUUGAGGAGCUACAAGUUCCUAUACGACACACUUAGAGAGUACGUUUCCAACUGCGACGGCCUCGAUGACUUCAAGAUGCUGACGAUUUUGGUUUCUAGACGCGCCGAUCUCCAACGGUAGAUUGCUGCUUCAACUUGUGUCCUCGACCUAUUUUCACCGUUUCUUCCUUAAUUACAUUGUUCUCAUAUCAUCGCUCUCCAUCCAGUCUCGUCGCUCACUAUUAUACCAUCCGCAUCUGUUUGUUCGGAUACGGGACUCGGUUGUAAUUAUUUGGUUGGUUCCUAUAUCCCCUCACUUGUUUCCAACAUGCGGUCCCAUCUUCUAUUUUGUCUUUAGUACUAUAGUUCAUGUUCAUUCGCUCAUUCCUCUAAAAAUCGUUCUAUUUGGACAGUCUAGCAUCUCGCUUUCGCUUCACAUCUGGAGGGUUCUACAAGUUCCUGGUUCUUGAGGAAAGAGUGCAUCAUAAAUUUCAUGUCUCACGUAUUCCAUCCACAUUAACUCGCAUUUCAAUACAUCUUGUUUCUUAUACCGUACAUUCAGCAGUCUGCGGAUCUCUACAUGUUAUAGUAACAUCCAAUGAGACCGCUUUUUAU